CUGUAAAUUAACAUGAAAUUAACCUAAAUACGUUGAUUUGACAGUUUUAAAAUUAUUUUGGUGUUGAAUUUUACUUAUGGAUAAAACUCCAAAUAACCGUUCAUUAAAGUUAUCGUGCAGAAGGGUUACAAAACCCAUAGACCAUAAUGAAUCUUCAAUAGUAAUUUCCCAGUUGAGUGCCAGCACAUGCCCCACCAGCACUCCGCUUCACCAGAAAAAUUCCGACAUAGAUUUUGACGAAAGUCCGAGUUAUUACCCAUGUACACAGGAAGAAUUUGAAAACAGAGAUGUUGUUUGGGACUGGAAUUCUCCACAAGCAAAACAAAAAGAAAAGAAGAAGAAAAAACGCCUAAUACUUACACAUUCCCCAAAAUUAACCCUUCGACGACAUUCCUCAAAUAAUAACAUUAAGAAUUUUGAAAAGUUAAAAGAAGAACUAAAAGCUUUAAGAAAUGAGAUAUCCGUUCCCGAUAAUGAAGAUUGCCUAAUUUUGUCACCAUUAGAGGAAGUUGAGUUUAAAACCGAUUUAAAUACCAGUGCCAUUUCAUCUUUGAUGCAAGAUAAAGACAAUAAUAUAGUGUGUGAUAGUGAAUUAGAAGAUUUAUUCAACGAUUCUGCUGAUGAAGAGUUGUUUUUAGUCAGCCAGCAAUUGGAAAAUCAUAUAGAAGCCAAAACCACAACUGUAAUUAGGCCAAAAGUAGAAAACAAUGAACCUUUAAACUCUGUCAAAAGGAAUUUAGUACCUCAAAAUAAAAUAUUGCCCAAAAGACAAGCGAAUGAAACCAAAGUAGCUGAAGAUUCUUUCUCUUCUUUUCAAGGCUUUGGUGAUGAUAGUUUUGGUAACUUUAUUGAGAAUGAGAGUUUUUUAAAUGUUUCAAAUAAGACUACCAGUAUACAAAGAACCAGAUCAGAUGUGCAAUUUAAUAGUAAACAACCAAAUGUUGGGAAAGUUGAAUUUCAGAGGACCCAAAGUUUUGAGUUGUCUAAUAUUGGAAAUAACCAAAGUAAUAUAACUAAAACAACUCUUGAAGAAAUAGAAAGGAAAAGGAAAGAGGCACUGGCUAAAUUAGAGGCAAGAAAAAGACAUGAUUCUAAUGAAUCUCUUUGUUCACCAAUGAAAUGUUCCCCAGAAGAAAUUGAGAAAAAGAGACUACAAGCUUUGGCCAAAUUAGAAGCAAAAAAACAACAGGAAAUAAUAGAAAGGAAAAGACAGGAAGCUUUAAAAAAACUGGAAAUGAACAGAAAAAAGAAUGCGACGAGCGUUAAAAAUUCUUUUACUAAAAGACUGUAGUAAGAGGAUAUUACCAUGUGAUUAAAAUUAAGAUAUAUUUAUACUCGCUAUUAAUUAUAAAAUUUUGUUUAUUAGUAUGUAUUGGCCCUUUUUAACAUAAAAU